AUGUGCAAAUCACCGCUUCAUUCAUUCCUUUUAAAUCUCCCAAAAUGCGAGCAUCAUAUCCAUCUCGAGGGUGCUUUGACCCCUGAGCUGGUCUUUUUGCUUGCAGCGAAGAACAAUAUUGCUCUUCCUGAUUUGCCGCACUACCAAAAUCCUGAGGUGCUGGCAGCCAGAUAUGAGAAGUUUGACAACCUCGACGACUUUCUCAACAUCCACUACGCCAAUAUGUCUGUCUUGAUCACCGAGGAUGAUUUCUUCGAAUUAGCAUGGUCCUAUAUCCUUGCAGCCCAUGCUGAUGGUGUUCACCAUGCAGAAGUGUUCUUUGAUCCACAAUCACACACUCCACGUGGUAUCCCUAUAGCCUCCGUUAUCCGAGGCUAUAAGCGUGCUUUAGACCGAGCCGAAUCCGAGUUGGGAGUCACAUCUUGGCUCGUCAUGUGCUUUCUCCGUCAUCUGCCCGUCCCUUCUGCCGAGGCUACCUUUGCUUCUGCGGCCGACUUUGUACAAGAUGGUUCUAUCCAUGGCGUUGGGUUAGACUCCUCUGAAGUUGGGUUCCCUCCGGAGUUAUUUACGAACGUCUUUGGGAAAGCCAAGGAAAUGGGCCUGCGACGUACGGCCCAUGGAGGCGAGGAGGGCGAUGUUACUUACAUCAAAGGAGCGAUUGACCAUUUACAUGCUGAGCGAAUUGAUCAUGGUAUUCGCCUGAUUGAAGACCAGGUACUUCUGAGAGAAAUCGCUGCAAAAGGUACAUUGCUCACUAUCUGCCCACUGUCAAACGUAUACUUGCGCACUGCGAAGUCCGUCGGCUCCCUACCACUUCGCAAAUUCCUGGAUCUCGGGGUGCAAUUUUCCAUAAACAGCGAUGACCCAGCUUACUUUGGGGGAGGUAUACUCAAUAAUUAUUGUGCAGUUCAAGAAGCGUUCGAUUUCAGUAUUGAUGAUUGGAAGACUAUCGCGAUUUCAGCAGUGUGUGGAAGUUGGAUUGCCGAUGAAAGAAAGGGAGUUCUGUUGGGGAAAAUAGAAGAUGUUGUCGAAAGAUUCAGAUCGGUGGCCUAG